AUAAAGCACAGUAUGAGGGUUGAUGAGCACAAAUAUUGAAAUAAAAAUAUAUAAUCUUACGAAUCGUGUUAAUUGUUGUGAGUGUGGAGAUUCAAAUAUAGGAUGGCAACAAAAACUUGUGAAUCAACUGUGCCGGUCUUCACCUCUACAAAAAGAACUUCAAACACUUCCACGAAAUCUUCUACUGCUAUUUCUACAACCACAACGACGACGACGUCGACAACACACACUACGGCAAGUGUUGUCAAGAAGACGGAUAAUGUCACAAAGUGGCCUGCCACAACAGUCUCCACUUCUGCACUUCCAUCUCACGACCUGGCAAAGGGAGAAUCCAUGCAAGGGGUCGAGGUCGCAGUUCCAGUUGUUGCUGCCGUCGUCAUCAUCAUCUCUAUUGUUCUUGGCGUCUUAUUUAUCCGCAGGAAACAUCACAAAAGACUGGUGGCAAGUAAUGUCCAUUCACUGACUCACCUUGCGUCAAAUGAAGUGUUACCGCACUGUGCUGACAAGGCGUGCAAGGCGGUGUAUGAAAAUGUUCUGGACGAGAGAGAAAAUAACUACACGCUGUCGCUGCCUCAACGCGAUAGUUCGGGACCAGGAGAGCAUCCAUACGCAGAGUUAAAGGGACGUGUAAGCAGUAACGCGUAUGGGACGAUAAAUACAGAACUUCCUGGAACAAGCAUUGUUCCAAAGACAUUGCAUUCUCAGCCGAAUUUGGAAGAUCAUGAAUAUGAGUACAUUAAAAAGAUAUGACCGAAAUUAAAAGGAUGAUGGGAAUCUUUGUCGGAAAAGGGAACACAAAUAAUCAGACAGUCUAUCACAGUGUCAAUGACAAAUGUUAUUACCGUCUGCAGCUUGUGUUUAUGUAUUAUGAAGAUUACGUUAUGGUUUUAGACGAAACCUUAACAGCGUAUACACCCAAACAACAUCACGAAAACAAAUGCCCCUAAACAACCACAUUGAAAGGAUCAAACUUGAAAUAAUAUAGCAAAAUAUAGCAUGCACCAACAAAACACUAACUGAACGCGAUUAUUUGCUAACACUUCAAACGAACAUUAGCAAUUACUCCAAUUAAGUGGAACUAUUGUGUGUGUGUUUUCUGUUUUAAACAUUAAUAUACCAGAACAAAAUACGACAAAAUACUACAAUAAUAGUGUAAUGACACCAGAUUAGAUAACUUUAUAUAAAUGGAAUCAUUUGGGAUCGUUGGUGCUAAACAUAAAAUAAUUAUAAUACGAUUACAUGCGAACGUAUGCAUAAUAAAUAUGCUUUUUGUU